AUGCAGCAGACCAUCCCCCCUGUAGCUGACACACAGACCGCGCGUUCACCGCUCUCGCCUACUGCCGCUAAGCUCCUCCUGAAGAGCACAUUAUCGGAGCAGAGCUGCACAGCGACUGCGAGCAAGCUCACACCAAUUCACAGCGCUACCGAUGCUUUGCAGCCGCUAUCCUCGUCCUCUGAGGUGCGUGGCGGCGAUGAGUUUCCAUCGCUGGGGCUGCACUUUCAUGUGACCAAUUUGUACGGGAAUAGCAAUGGGAACACCCAGGAGCGCGACGCGGCAACGACCUCGGCAGUUAUGGUGGAGACCGGGGCAGCUGCGGCUACGGCGCAAGAUGGUACCGCUGCGAGUGCCAGGGAAUCCCGGGCGACUCCAGCCGAAGACGUACCACCUGCGGCACACCCUCCUCCUGCGACGGUCGCUGAGUCUGCAACGUCAGCUUCGUGUGUGUCUUCCUCACUAGAGCCGUUAUCGAUAGCGCAACUUCGCGGCUUAGAAUCGCGCAGUGGCAAAGCAGUUGCAGCAGGAGCCGAGACGGGAGGGCAGACGAGCUUUGAACACCUUAGACGCCCCAUUCACCUCAUGUCUGCGGUGCCGACCGCGUCGGCGACGAAGCACAGAGGCUUUCGCGGUCACGGCGGUGUCAGCGGUGACUCUGUUCGUGUCUCGGGGCAUCGGGAGUUACGACAGGGCUUAUCUGUGUUACGCCACCUUACCUUCGGCGGUGCAGCAGGCCAUCGCCGCGAUAACUUCAGCGGCGUCGACGGCGUCAGCUACGAAAAUUUUUUCUUUCGCAGCGAAGACACUGCCGUCUUCGGAGUCGGCACCGUGGGGCUCUUCGCUUCCACGGCCAAGCCGGUCACUGGCGCUUCUCGUACGACGACACGUGGUUCACCGCCAUCAGCUCAUCAUCACCGGACACACGGCAAUCGUGGUCAGAGGUCCGCACCGCAGUCCCUCUGUGUACCACCGUCCUGCAGAGCCUCGGCACUCCUGACUUCGAACGGUGCUGGUGCCGUGGGGACGGCUCCCUGCUACUACACUCCUGCCUGCUACACGUCGCCUGCCGUGGACGGCGUCACGGCGUGGAAGCAGCGACAGGAGAACUACCAGAAGUGGCGCCGCGAGAACUUAAAGGCGUCUACGUACUACCGCCUGUCCAAGCCAUCUGGUGCCCGGGGUGGCGCAGGGACAGCGGCGGAUGCGAGCGACAGUGCGGCGCCCCUGCACGACAUCAACGGCGCCCCCACUCUUUGCCUUUCCGAAGAGAGACGUCGUAUUGAGCGCCUACGACUGCGCGGCCUCCAGGCGGAGCGAACGGCAAGGUCGACCGCGCGCGUGCACGAGCAAGCGACAUAUGAGGAGGAGGUGCUUCUCCAGCGCUUGCGCAAGCUCCGUGGCGAGGCCGUCGACUUGCCCGAUUGCUACCUGCGCGCCACCUACCCUGAUCCGUCUACGCUGACGGGCUACGCGGAGCGGGUCGCUGGAGACAACCAGAACCGCACCUACCCAGCACCGCACCGGAGCAAGGCCGCCAGCGGUUAUCUCGCCAACCCGCAGCGGGUCGUGAAGGAUCAUCACAGUGCCAUGCAACUGCACCGCGUGGCGAUGCAGCAAGCACGGCUCGAUCGGGAGGAGCAGCACCUGGAAGCGGCGGAGCGCCAGCGGUGCGAUAUUGCUGCGCAGCUGACCGAGCGCCAGUUGUGGGAAGCAGCUUAUCUCGCGUCGUGGAUGGAGGGCCGCCCGCGAUUGUCUCGUGCACGAGAGGCGGAGCGGCACGCGCGGCAGGAAGCGGAGCAGCGCACCUUGGAUCAGCUGAAUCGUACGACUCAGAUGCACGAGCGGGAGGUGUAUGCUCUGUACGCCUCUCAGGAGGCAGCGGUGACAGCAGUGCACCAGAAGGAGCUGCGUGCGCAAGUCGUUGCGCCGCGACUGUAUAGUCGCAGGGGCAUCUCUGGCGGCCACUCUCUUGAUCAAGAGGUGCAGCCCCUGCCAGCGACGACAGCUGCACAGCCCAACGGAGCUGCAGCACGGGUGUCAAGCCCGCUGUCUAGUGGCGCUCCCCACUCUCCAGGAACUGCCAGCAUUCCUCCGCAAGCAGCUGCCUCCCCAGUGCCGAUGGUACCCCUUCAGGCACUGGGGAAGAAGUCGGCGCCGGCAGUUCGUCCCGUAACACCCGCCGUGCGCCCUGCGACACCAGCGCUGCCGCCAUCUCAGGUGGUGGGCCCGACGUCGACAAACUUCUUCAACGAGGUGAAGCAGUGGUCGCGAGAGUUCCCGUCGCCCAAUGUCAUCCCCGUCAACGGCGCCGACGCCGCGUACCGACGUGCGUGGAAGGCAGAGCUGGACGAGGCACAGCUUCGUUUUAAUCGUGAAAUGACGCAGCGGCAGCGCAAAGACAUUACGCGAGGCGUGCAGGAGGCGUGCGCGAAGGUGUUGGACUGGAGCGGGCAGCGGGCAAAGCAGGGGCGGGACGAGAGGCGUGAGCUGGCAAUGCGGCGCGCCAAUCAUACACAGGCAGAUGUCGAGGCCGCCACAGCAGUGAGGCUGGAGUUGCAGGAGGAGGUACACCGCGCACAGCAGAAGCGAAUGGUGCAGGCGACGGAGCGCCACAGCGAGACCCAGUUCCUGCGGCAGCAGUUGAAGCAGCGUGAGAUGGUGCUGCGAUCGCUGUAUGCGGAGGAGCUUCAGCAGCUGCGCAUGACGGUGUCGUCCGCCUCAGCGGCAAAUCGCGGGUGA